AUAAUUUCCAUUCCGCGUGCCUCAUCGAAUACGAAGAACCGAAGAACAUAAGGGAAUUUCCCAAAUUCAUCUCUGUAUCGUCCAACAGAGCAGAAUUCUUAAAGAAUCAGCGAUGCAACAAGGAGAUUACAGUGCUUACUAUCAAUUCUCUCACCUUCCAAAUCCUAAUCCCAACCUCAAUCCCAGCUCCACCGAUUCGCUCCAACCGCCGCACGCAUCGGCGCCGCCUUUCACCUCUGGAUACGUCUCGUCUGAUUACUCCGUCUAUGCACCGAAUUAUCCUCCGUAUCCUCACAAUUCCGAUCCUGUCCCUCCCACCGCUCCCUCAUACACCCCACCGUCAUCCACAACGCCGCCGGCGACAAAUCCUAGUCCGCAUACCAGCUUCAAUCAACAACCGCAACCACCGUUGACCUCAGCCCCUUCGUUCCCGCCAUAUGAUUCGCAUGGAGCAUACCAGCCUCCUGUAUCUCAGCCACCGUAUUUCCCACCUUAUGAUCAGACGGCUCCAAAUUACGCCCCUGCGCCACCAAACCCAGAACCUAAUCCCCAUCCAUCCUACUACUCAGCCCCGUAUUCCCUUGGGGGAUCAUCGAUGUCAUCAGUUCCACCUGUGUACGACAACCAGUACGAGAAUUCGAUGAAAUUUGAUGGUGGAAGCGGGCAUUAUGAUGAUAAAUAUGGGGGUUAUAGUAGAAGUAGAUCUGAUUUGGGAUCGGAUCGUUACGGGAAUCGACCAGAGAGCUAUUCAGGAAUUGGCGAUGAUGGAUAUGGGGACGAUGUGUAUGCUUAUCAAGCUGGCAAGGCGGAGCCAUAUGGGGCACGUGGGACGGCUCCAAAGUCGUCUUCUUCUGCCAUAUUCGAUGAUUAUGGGCGGGCUAUUGGUUUUUCUUCUGGGAAGGACUCCUCCGUUGGAUCAGCUUUGGGUUCACCUAAGAUUGUCAGAGCUGUGCCAAAGGCAGAUACUCAGCAGGAUGUCAAGAGUGGAGUGCAGAAGUUUCGAGUUAAGUUAUUGCCUGAAAGUGGUGGACAGGGCACCAUGGAUGUGCUUUGCCAGAUUGGUUUGGAUGGUAUUCGAAUGCUGGAUCCUAGUACCAGUCGUACACUGAGAAUAUAUCCUCUUGAGACCAUCUCAAGAUGUGAAGUGACUGAUUCAUCUACCUUGGCAUUUUGGUCUAAAAGCUCAGUUGAUAUUGAUCCAAGGCGAAUCAGGUUGCAAUCAAAUAGUUACACUACAAAUACCCUUCUUGAUACGAUAACUGCUGCAACAGUACAGUUCGAACAAAUUAAUUUUGGGACUAGAAUGACUUCAUCAUAACAAUUUUUUGCUUAGGGAAGCCUAUCUUUCUUCAGUUUUUUUACCUUUUUAUGAGAUAAAUUAUCUGCAAAGGGCAAUGCUAAGGCACAACCAAGUGCUUUAACUUUUUUUUUCUUUCAAAGAAAAAAGAAAAAUAAAUAAAAGAGAGAGAAGAAAGCAGUCAUUGAAAU